GUACCUUCUGGAAAGCUGUGUUCCUCUAAGUGUAAAUCCACAUGUUCCUCGAGAAUCUGAAUGUCUGUACAGCACAGCCAACGCGUUACACCAGCGAUGCCACGCCGUAUGGGAACCACCCACCUGCGCCGAGCAACCGCCCGUGCCGCGCCCUGACACAUCAUGUCAAGCCCAGGGAAGGAUAACUUCAGAAUGAAAAGCUACAAAAAUAAUGCACUUAAUCCUCAAGAAAUGCGCAGACGAAGAGAAGAGGAAGGAAUCCAGCUUCGGAAACAGAAAAGGGAAGAACAACUCUUUAAACGCCGAAAUGUUUCUCUCCCGGGAAAUGAAGAAUCUAUGGUGGAAAGUCCAAUUCAGGAUCCUGACGUCAGCUCUACUGUACCUAUUCCAGAGGAAGAAGUUAUUACAGUUGAUAUGGUGCAGAUGAUUUUCUCAGAUGAUCCUGAUCAGCAACUCACAGCAACUCAGAAAUUCAGGAAGUUGUUAUCUAAAGAGCCUAAUCCACCCAUAGAUGAAGUCAUCCAAAAGCCUGGAGUAGUACAGAGAUUUGUGAAGUUUCUAGAGAGGAGUGAGAAUUACACACUGCAAUUUGAAGCAGCUUGGGCUCUAACAAACAUAGCAUCUGGAACCUUUCUACAUACAAAAGUUGUAAUUGAAACUGGAGCUGUUCCAAUUUUUAUAAAAUUGCUUAGUUCAGAACAUGAAGAUGUACAGGAACAGGCAGUGUGGGCUCUUGGUAACAUUGCUGGUGAUAACGCAGAAUGCAGAGACUUCGUCUUAAACUGUGGAAUAUUACCACCCCUCUUGGAACUGUUAACAAAUUCAAAUCGUCUUACCACAACUAGAAAUGCAGUCUGGGCACUCUCGAAUCUCUGUAGAGGCAAGAAUCCACCUCCAGACUUCAGUAAGGUUGCUCCUUGCUUAAAUGUUUUAUCAAGACUGUUGUUUAGCAGUGAUCCGGAUGUAUUAGCAGAUGCUUGCUGGGCCCUCUCUUACCUUUCAGAUGGACCCAAUGAUAAAAUCCAAGCUGUUAUUGAUUCUGGAGUGUGCCGAAGAUUGGUAGAGUUGCUUAUGCACAAUGAUUACAAGGUGGUAUCCCCUGCAUUAAGAGCAGUUGGAAAUAUUGUUACUGGUGAUGAUAUUCAAACACAGGUGAUUCUAAAUUGCUCUGCAUUGCCCUGUCUCUUGCAUUUGCUUAGUAGUCCCAAGGAAUCUAUUCGAAAAGAAGCGUGCUGGACUGUUUCUAAUAUUACUGCAGGAAACAGAGCUCAAAUUCAGGCAGUUAUAGAUGCAAAUAUUUUUCCUAUAUUGAUUGAGAUUCUUCAGAAAGCUGAAUUUCGCACCAGAAAAGAAGCAGCAUGGGCCAUAACUAAUGCAACAUCAGGAGGAACCUCUGAACAGAUUAGGUAUUUGGUAGCACUAGGUUGUACCAAGCCUCUUUGUGACCUCCUGACUGUGAUGGAUUCAAAAAUAGUACAGGUGGCUUUGAAUGGACUUGAAAAUAUUCUGCGUCUUGGAGAACAAGAGUCUAAGCAAAAUGGAAUGGGCAUUAAUCCUUAUUGUGCCCUUAUAGAGGAAGCAUAUGGACUUGAUAAAAUUGAAUUUCUUCAGAGACAUGAAAACCAGGAGAUCUACCAAAAGGCUUUUGAACUCAUAGAGCAUUACUUUGGCGUUGAAGAAGAGGAUUCCAGUAUUGCACCUCAGGUGGAUGAAAGUCAGCAGCAGUUUGUUUUCCAACAGCAGGAGGCUCCAAUGGAGGGGUUUCAGUUGUGAACUAUUCAAGUGAAGACAAGUAGAAAAUGUAUACACUUGUAGAGUUUUUGUUUGUGUUCCUGAAGUCUUUUCUUUAUGGCCAAAGGUAGAGGGAAAUUUGAGUAUGUUUUGCAGAAAUAGAUGAAGAAGCAGCUCAUGCACUUUUGUAUUUUGUUAGAUACAACUGUUCUUUGUUCUGUACUUGUUUGGUUUUUUGUUGUUUUUUUUUUGAUUCUCAUAUGUACAGAAAACAACUGUGAGUAAUCAUGUCUAAACUAAAACAUUACAUGUGAUUUAACAGGAACUGCUAAGCUAAGACUUAAAAGGAUUUUAGGCAGUAGUUCUGAAUCUUUCUUGUUGUCUCGAACUCCGUAUCAGCAAUACAGUUAUUGACAGUUGUAUUUUUGGCAGUAGGCUUGACUUGCCCAGUCUAUCAAAUCUACCUCUUGUAUUGAAGCAUUGAACAUUGCUUCAGAACUAAGGCAUGAAAUAAAGAUGAGCUUGUUAGAAGCUGAAUUGGAAUGUGAAAAAUAUUUAUUUAAAUUAUGAAACUUCCACAUGUUACUUACUUUACCACAUGCUGUUGGAAUUUAUUUAUAAAAUGUAUUUAAAGACAUAAAUACAUAUAUAUAAUGAUAAUUACACAAUAUAUAAUACUGAGUACCUGAAAAAGCUUUUACACAAUUAUGUGGGAAGAGACUGUUUCAGAAGUUUUCAAAUUGGAAUCAGCAGAGGGCUUGCUGGUCACUUGGUGCUUGCUCUGUAAUUAAAGCUGCUAAAUGGCAUUUAAAGUCAGCCACAAAUACAAUACUUUGCUGUGGAAGCAGUUGCUGUAGUUACCACAAGAAUGCUGCAAUCAUGGAUGACAGAGAUGGUCAUUGGUACAGUUGGAAAUACAAAGCAGAUGGUUUACAGCUGUCUCCUGCCAAAAUGUAGUAACAGCACUUCAGCUGGGGAAACGUUGCAGUGUUAGUCUUUCUAGUAACAGUAGCUUCUUAAAGGUUGAGAAAGUAGGUGUUACAUUUUUGAUCAAAUAUGCUACCACCACUUGAGUUAUUCUGAAGUUAACUAACUCAGUUCUCUUCUGGUAAGACAAUGAAAAUACUGCAAGGAGGAAUGAGUAGAGAAUCACUCCUUUCCAGCUAAUUGACAAUUUGUUAUACUGUAAAUACACGUUAAGUUUGUGGACACCAAAACUAACUAGAAGUUACUGUAUUCUAAAUAUUUAGGCUCUGCUGUGCACAGUGUUUGCUGUUUAAACACUAACAGAAACAGAAUUCUAAUAUUCACGUUAACAGUUUUGAGUACAGAAGAAUGUGUGCUGUGCUUGGACUUGCAUAUAUGCAGUGUUUCUGGAAUAUCAGUAGAUGUUUCAUUUGGAUAAACUAAUACUUUGGAUUAACUAAAGUAUGAUUUAUUUUUUUUUUUUAUCUGUAAUUAAUAUAUUAUCUUCAAACUCCUGGGUUAAGUGAGUUGGCAUAUGACAGCAUUUCAUACUUCAUAAAAAGCUGCAGUUCAAACAUGAAAUUACUUAUCCCAUGGCACUGUGCACAAUAUUUUAAUGCACUGAAAAAUACGUAUUAAAGGUGAUAUCAUCUACAGUACCAUUUUAUAUCUAGAGUUUUUUUACGUGCAAGUUAGGAUUCUAAGAUGUUUCGCUUUGUUGUUGCAGCAAUAUAUAAUUGUAUUGUAAUUGAAUGUGGGACUUGAAGUGGAUUUUUUAAGAUUAAUGAUCAGUUUUGACUAAGAUGUAAUUGGGAGGAAUGAAGUCUCUUUUUGAAGUCUUUGUACUGGAAUUUAGACGUGUAAGAGAUGUGUAUAUAGGAGUGCUGUUACUUUAUGAACUCUGAAUAAUGAGAUAUUUUAUCAAAUGACACUUUAAACCUAGAUUUGUACAGCAUACAAUGGUUUUGAAUAGCGUGAUAAUCUGAGUUACAGCUGCCAAAUUUUCAUAUAAUAUUAGAUGAUUGUAUUUGUGCCCUUUUUACUCUUACAGUUUUCAGUUUGCGUAUGCUGACCUUCCUUCUCACCAUCUGUUCAAAGUACAGGGUAGUGAUCAUGGAAAUGUACUACGAUUGUUAGUAAAUGCUGAAUUUCUAUGUUCUUCUAGUGUAGAAAUAAAGAAUUCAGGUAACAGGGUAUUCCAUUAUUUCUAACAGACUUGUUUUGAUAAUGUUAUGUAACCAGUUGUGCCUGCUUUUUAUUUGGAGGACCUUACAAACACUGCAUUUAUAAGCGUCUCUAACUUAAACCAAAAUCUGAACUAUAAAAAUCUCAAUUGGAAGGCUUGAAAAUGAAAUGAGGGGGCGUACAAAGUAUUAUAUUUGUUUUGAAAGAAUGUCUUCAGUUUUGUGGGUAUGUUGUCUGAACAGUUAGUGACUGCACUUUAUGCAUUUAGGUAAAUAUAUUUCAUGUCUGAUAUAUUUAAGUGUAAUAGCUUAAAAGGGAGAUAAAAGUGAUGGGCUUUAGCUAAUGAAACAGUUAUUUGAACUCAACACUUGGUUUACUCUGACGUUGUUCAAAAAAAUAUGUCUUUGUAAGCAU